UUCCUCCGCUUGUCGUGAAACCCUCGGCGCCCCGGCGCGCUGAUUAGACCUGAUUAAGACCACCUGUCGGAGUCACGUCAGCGGCACGUGGUGUCGGUCGAGCGGGAUCGUGUUAGCAGAGUACACCGAGAGACUUGCCGUUAGUUUACCGGCGGAGGGAUGCAGAAAGGCCUGAAGAAGUACUUCGUCAACAUGGACGAGUACCUGAGCAGUCUGGGUCUGUACAGGAAGAUGGUGGCCCGGGACGCGUCUAGCCUGUUCCGAGCCGUGUCAGAACAGUUGUAUUAUUCUCAGAACCACCACCUGAAGAUCCGUCAGGACUGCGCCAACUUCAUGAGAGCCAACAGGUGCAACUUUGAGCCGUUUGUCGAAGGUUCGUUUGAGAAAUAUCUGGAGCGUCUGGAGGACCCUAAGGAGACGGUGGGUCAGGUGGAGAUCAAGGCUCUGUCUCAGCUCUACAGGCGUUGUUUCCUGAUCUACCGUUACCCGGGGAAACCAGCCACGGUGAUCUCGGAGGACGAUUUCGUUGACAAGGUUACGCUGUGUUGCUCCAUCAACGGCCACUAUGACAUCGUUUACCCAAAGAGUUAUCCCGCCUCCGCAGCCGUCUGUCAGUCUAUCCUGUACGAGCUGCUCUACGCUCAGGUGUUUGGUGUGGAGGAGGCGGAGCUCUCUCAGGCCACGGAGGCCUUCAAGGCCGGAGGUCGUCGCUAUAGAAACAGCCUGUCGAUGUGCAGUGACAUCGACAUCGGCUGCGACACACCUGAGGACCGCAGCCACAGGGAAGAGUUGGAGUCGGGUGGAGCUGCUGAGGAGAAACCCCGUGCUGCAGCAGACGACUCAAAGCCUCCUGCAGAAGCCCCAACCCCGUCCAGACUGUCUCUUCCUUAUAAAGUAUUGAAGUCUCUGGACACAGAAGUUUAUAGAAACCUGGAGUUUGAUGUGUGGCAGGACACCUGCAAAGAGAUGCAGAAGACGGAGUACAUGGUGUUCGCAGGGCGACAGUACUUCCUGGGAGACAAGUGUCAGGUGCGUCUGGAGCCCAAAGGAAAGUACUACAACGCCUUCAUCCAGGAAGUUGGAACGCACCCCUCAGCCGUCACCGUCUUCAUCGAGGAGCUGGGAGAGAAACACCUGGUCCCUCUGACUGAUCUCAAACCGGUGAAUCCAGUUCCUGCCUGGAACGUGGCUGUCCCAGCUAGAAAAGGAGACCUUGACUUGGACUCGCGUGGUCAGCGUCAUCACCGCCAUCGUUACUUCAGGAAGUCUCGGGGCAGCAGUGGAGUGAAGGGUGCUGAGCUGCUCAUUACACCACCCUCCUCCUACGGGGGCCCCGCCACCUCCGGCCUGCCCCCGCGCUUCCAACCAGCAGGUCACCCACGCCCGCCCCCUCCCCUGUCACCUGGAGCCAUAACCUACGACCCCUACGCCCCCCCACACCACCACCCCACAGCCAGACCUCCUCGCUAUGGGGCAUCCAGAAGCUCCACCCGUUUCCUGAACCGUCACCUGAUUGGUCCACAGUUGACCUGUUACCACCCUGGCAGACGAUACUGUCACGACUACGAGAACUACGCCUUCAGGUCCCGUCGGAGUCGGCGUCAGCUGGCAGCUCUGAAUAAAGAGUGUCAGUUUGGUUUCUCUGCGGAGGUGGUGGAGGAGCCCACUGAUCUGGAGCCAGCCAUCGCCUACUAUCAGCUGGACGACGGCACCGACACCAUCUUCCCCCCACUGCUGGAUCAAGCUGUGCCACCACCUUCCACUGUGGGGGCUCCACCCCCUUCCUCCUCUGGCUCCUCCUCCAGGGUUCAGAGAGGCUCAGGGCCCCUGCCACCUGCACCUCCUCCUGGAAACACACCUGUUUGUUCAUCAGAGGAGGACCAGGAGGACACGAGCACCGUGGAGGACCAGGCUGAGUACACAGAGGAGUACCUGUACAUGGCUCCAGAUCAGGCCUACCCGACCUCAGGUGUUUACACCGCUGCUGAGCCCCCCACCAACCAGGACGAGCAGGAAGGAGGAACUGCUGACUCUCCCCCAAGACCGGAGAUGAACUACAGCUACACGCAGCAGGUGGUGAAGCCAAUAGCAGUCAUCUGCUCUUCACCCUCCUCUUCCUCCUCCACUCCCUCUUCACCAUCAUCACGUGUACCUGCAGCUGCUCACCUGCCGCCAGCCACACACACACAGACACGCUCAGUUGCCAUGGCGAUCCCGGCUCCUUCUUCCUGGUUGGUUAAUGACUUGGGUGAGGCGCUCUGCACAGUGGUAGCUCCUCCCCCUUACUCCUAUGACCCAAACGGCAGUGACUUACCCCGAGACUGCAGAGUCCUCCAGUAUUAUUUCAACUUAGGAGUCCAGUGGUACCAUCAGACCUGUUGGCAGCAGCAGCAGGCGUACCCCGCCACCUUACCAGAGGCCCCCUAUGCCUACCAGCACUUCACCCCCUACCUGAGCCAGGAACCCCCUCUGCACGCUGCGCCACCAACAUAUCCUGAGACAGCUCGAGGCCCCCAUCAGUCCCCCUCGUCCUACCCAGAGUCCAGCAGGGCAGGAGACGGACAGACAAACGGACACAGUAGCGGCCCCGCCAUGGAAGGCUCAUCCUCCAUCAGCCCCACCCCCACAGGCUCCACCUCUGCAUCUGUUCUCCUGUAUCAGGAUCAGACAGCCCCUCCCUCACUCCUGCACCUGCAAUAUGAAGCUCCACCCCCAGCCGCCUACCUGCCCUCCGCCCCUCCACCUCCUCUUCCUCACCCUGCUCAUCCUCACCCCACCCACCUCCCACAUCACUCCUCCUACCAUCCCUGCCUCCCCCCCUCAACCCACUGGGGGGCACUGCCAGGCGGAGGCCACACCCCCCGAGUCUACUGCCCCGCCCCCAAUCCUGGUCAUGUGAUCAGUUACAUCACCGCCCCGCCCCCCCACCACACAGCCACACACUACAUCCCCCCAACCAUCUAACACACACAGACUUCUUCCUGCUCAAAUAUAAAACAACUGCUUCAAAAUAAAAUACAAAAAAGGCUGAAAUGUGAGUGAAGUACCUCAAAGGAAUAACUUAUUGUUUGAAAUGUUUGUUAGCUGUUAAUUGUUUGACCUGCCUGCUGUUACCAUGGCAACGCAGGUGACAAUGUCCUCAUUUGCCACAAUGACCAGGCAUUUGACUAAUGUUGUCAGAUUUCUGUUUAAGUUUAUCUUCAGUUUAUCUUUCAGAGAUAAGCCAGCCAAUCAGAAAGAGGGGGCGUGGCCAGUCCCUGUUUAGAAGGGAUGUAUUUGUGUUUAACUAGUGGUCAGUUUUUUGUUACUGGGUGAAUAAAGUUUGUUGUACCAGCA